AGCAAUUUCCACUUUCAACGGAUGCCUGGAAAUAGCGUUGCGAAGACAUGUAACAUUCAAAGGGCGAGGUUUUAAAUUGUGUGCUUCUGGGUGGAGAAUUUCCAUCCGUGCAAAUAGGGCGUAUUCGAACAUAAAACCCAGCAAAUUUAUAAGAUAUCAUCUUUGGUCCAGUGAGAAGUUAUUCAAAUUGAUAACUGCCUGAUUAGUCUGCAGUAAAACGAGAUGGAGGAGUCAGAAAUAGAAAAUGCAGUAAUGGCAUAUUUGAAGAGGAAGGGUUUCCGCCAAACAGAGCUUGCGCUUCAGGAAGAGCAACGGAAGACAUCUUCAUCGGCCGCCAAGACAGACCCCGAGAUUGCCAAACAGAUCAUUGCAUAUGCGGAAUUAGAUAAUGGGCCAGUACGAUACAGAGAGGAGUACAGCAGGCUACGAACAUGGACCUAUAAUUCGCUAGAUGUGCACAAGCAUGAACUUCUUCGUGUACUUUAUCCAGUUUUUAUCCAUUGUUUCAUGGACCUAGUGGCUAAGGGUCAUUCUCAGGAGGCUCGUUCAUUUUUUCAAAGCUUUCGGGAAGAUCAUGAACCCUCACAUCUUCGUGACCUGCAAAAGUUGGAAGGUGUUUUAUCUCCCCACCAUUUGGAGGAGAUGGAAUUUGCGCAUUGUUUGAGACAGAAUAAAGUGACCAUGAAAUUGUGCAAGUACUCUUAUGAACUGCUGCUACAACAUUUGCACAAGACCGAGUCUAUGGUUAUGCUUGGAGUCAUUAAUGAACGGAUAAAUUUGCAAGUACCUCCUGGACAACCAUGUUCAAAUUCGGAGGAGGUAGAAGUUGUAGCAUUAACUGGCAGUAGUCAAGAGGCAGUUGAACAAAUAAAUCAAAAGGAAAUCCAUUGGGGGGUACUUGAAGACUCCUUGGAGGAGAGAUUGGAGAAAGAAAUCUUGGCUGCUGAGGCUGAGAAAGCUGAAGCAGAAGAUAAAGAAGGACAUGGAGAAGAGAGUAAGAAAAAAGCUGGAGAAGGUGGAAAGUCUGGAGGUCCUAACAAAAAAAUGAAGAAGGAUAAACUUACUGGUACAACAGGCAAGGGAGUUCGUACAGAGGCAAAUGUUGUUUCUUCAGCUCCCCGUGUUAAAGCUGAGCUUACAAUGCCUACCAUUUCCAUGGAAGUUGAGCGCUCUGCUCUAGAAGAUCUCCGAAAUCGCGCUCGUCUGAGCAGCUCAGCUUUGCCAUCUGUUAGCUUUUAUACCUUUGUCAACACCCACUACAGUCUGAACUGUGCAUCUAUAUCUCAUGAUGGAGGAUUGGUUGUUGGUGGCUUCUCGGAUUCAUCUUUGAAGGUAUGGAACAUGUCCAAAAUGGGCGAACAACAUGGUAAUUCUGAGAACGGAGAAGUUGCUGAUGGUCAAAAUGAACACUCGGCAGGUUUAGAUGUUGGAAAAAGAUCUUACACAUUAUUGCAAGGUCAUGCUGGACCUGUUUAUGCAGCAAAUUUCAGUCCUGAAGGGGAAUACAUUUUAUCUGCAUCGGCAGAUAAUACAGUUCGAUUAUGGAGUUCCAAGCUGAAUGCAAAUCUUGUCUGCUACAAAGGACACAAUUAUGCUGUAUGGGAUGUUCAGUUUAGUCCCGUGGGACACUAUUUUGUAAGUGCUUCACAUGAUCGAACUGCCAGAGUUUGGUCAAUGGACAGAAUCCAUCCUUUACGGAUCAUGGCAGGACAUCUUUCCGAUGUUGAUUGUGUGCAGUGGCAUGCCAACUGCAACUAUAUUGCUACUGGAUCCAGUGACAAGACUGUCAGAUUAUGGGAUGUUCAAACUGGUGAGUGUGUACGCAUGUUUGUUGGUCAUCAUGGCAUGGUCUUGUCCAUAGCAAUGUCUCCUGAUGGGCGUUACAUGGCAUCUGGAGAUGAAAAUGGUACUAUUAGAAUGUGGGAUCUAUCAAGCGGUCGAUGUAUAACUCCUUUAACAGGGCACACAUCCUGCAUAUGGACACUUGCUUUCAGUUGUGAAGGUUCACUACUAGCAUCUGGCUCGGCUGACUGUACGGUAAAAUUAUGGGAUGUCAAUGCAAGUUCAAGAACACCUCGGAUGGAAGAAAAAGCUGCAAGUGCACAGAGAUUGCGAUUAUUGAAAGCUCUUCCAACAAAGUCAACACCAGUUCAUGCAUUACGAUUUUCUCGGAGAAACCUCCUAUUUGCUGCUGGUGCAUUUACUAAAAGCCCAUGAAGGUGAGUAAGUUGCAGGUUGUUCUAGUUGUUCAGUUCUAAUGGAGAAGCUCAUGAAAGUGAUUAAGUAGCGCGGCAAUGUAAAUAUUCAGUUUUGAGGAAGAAGCCCAUGAAGGUUGCUAGAAGGGACAGUGGUCUAAUUGCCCUGUUCUAAUAGAGAAACCGUCAAAGGUGGCUAUGGUUUACAGUGACCUACUUGUCCUGUUCCAAGUUCUAAAGGAGAAACCUAGGAAGAUGAGUAAAGUAAUUGGUGGUGUAACUGUCCCAUUCUAGUGUUGUAAUAUUUUUCACAAUGUUGUUCAUUUGAAAUUUACCUUAAGUGAUCUUUUGGGCUGUGUAAAACAUUCUUAUUGUCAUUCUUUGAAUAUUUAUUCUACAGAGUUUCCUUCAUGCUAAUAAAUUAAAAUGGCCAAGAAUACAAGAUAUAUUUCAGGUUGUAUCUUGCCUGCAGGUUAUCUAUAUCUAUAAAGUAUUACUAGUUCAGUCUC